AUGUUCCUUAGAAUGGAGCUGAUUCCAAAACUUGUAGCUGGACUUCUCCUGCUGACCUUAUGUGUGGUGGGCUGCCAAGGCCAACACUGGUCCUAUGGACUACGUCCUGGGGGGAAGAGGAAUGCUGAAAAUGUGAUUGAAUCUUUCCAAGAGAUAGCCAAAGAGCUUGAUCAACCAGCAGAACCUCAGCGCUUGGAAUGCACCAUCCACCAGCCCCAAUCUCCCCUCAGGGACCUGAAAGGAGCUCUGGAAAGUCUGAUUGAAGAGGAAACUGGGCAGAAGAGGAUUUAAACCCACUGAACCAGAAGGAUUGACAACACAAGUAUAAUUCUGAUGUUGAAACUUGUGACUCAUUUAGCAUCUGUAAAUUGUGUGAAUUUCAGAUAUGCUUACGCUAAACUCACAUAUUUCAUGGUGAAGUGCU